AUGCUCUUUUUUAUGUCAAUCAUCUUACUUCUACCAAAAAUCCAAAGUCAAUAUUCUCAUUAUGAUAAUGAACGUAUACAAUGUUAUUCUUGUAGCGAUUGUCCAGAGCCAUUCUUUUAUUCCCAUAGUCAAGUUACAACAACACCACCUAAUUAUGGUCAAUGCAUGAAAACAGUAGUUUACAUGCCGACGACGCAUCGACAUCUAAUUAGUAAAGGUUUUACACGUAAUUGUAUACCAGAAUCGUCAAACGAUGUACGUGUUUAUUGUUGUCAUCACUAUCUUUGCAAUAGAAGCAAUGUUCUUUUUCAAUCAGAAUUUUUUAUUAUUCUUGUAUUUUUAAUAGUUAGAUUUUCUUCAAUUGUAUAA